CCGCGCUCGACCAGUCGACCUACGCCUUGCUACACACACCUUUGCUUCGUAUUCACUCCUCCUACACCCUCCUGUUCACACAUAUUGCAUCCUUCUAUUCACUAGCCUUUCUAGCCCAAGUACGCGAGACCCAACGUCGAGCUCAGGCUUGCGAAUAUUCGCGAACCUUCUACCAGUGCGAGUCACCCCCAAAAGGAUCAAAACAGGAGCGAAGCGCACCUGCCCUCUUUUGUUCCCCCCACACAACUCCAACUCCCACCGCCAACAUGACAAACACAGCCGUCGUCCUUGACGACGAUGUCAUGGAGCCCACGCUCCAAGCCGUACUAGAUCAAAAGACGCUCCGCUGGAUAUUCGUGGGCGGGAAGGGUGGCGUAGGCAAGACGACGACAUCGUGCUCUCUCGCAAUCCAGCUGGCGAAGCACCGGAAAUCGGUACUACUGAUAUCAACGGACCCGGCCCACAAUCUCAGCGAUGCCUUUAAUCAGAAAUUUGGCAAGGACGCGCGACUAGUAGACGGCUUUGACAAUCUGAGUGCUAUGGAGAUUGAUCCGAACGGGAGCAUUCAGGAUCUUUUGGCCGCUGGAGGAGAGGGUGCCGAGGAUGCGAUGGCGGGGCUGGGAGGGAUGGGCAAUAUGAUGCAGGAUUUGGCGUUUAGUAUACCCGGUGUCGACGAAGCCAUGUCCUUCGCCGAAGUCCUCAAGCAAGUCAAGUCGCUCUCGUACGAAGUCAUCAUCUUCGAUACCGCCCCGACCGGCCACACGCUCCGCUUCCUGCAAUUCCCAACCGUCAUGGAGAAGGCGCUCGCCAAAGUCUCACAGCUCUCACGCCAAUUCGGACCCAUGUUGAACUCAUUCCUUGGCGGCGGCGGCCGGCUCCCCAACGGCCAGAACAUCGACGAACUUGUCGAGAAGAUGGAGUCGCUUCGCGCUACAAUCUCUGAAGUGAACGGCCAGUUCAAGGACGCAGAUCUCACGACCUUCGUGUGUGUCUGCAUCCCCGAGUUCCUGAGCUUGUACGAAACAGAGCGCAUGAUUCAGGAGUUGAAUAGCUAUGAGAUCGACACGCACGCCAUCGUGGUCAAUCAGCUGCUGUUUCCGAAGAAGGAUAAUCCGUGCGAGCAGUGCAAUGCGAGACGGAAGAUGCAGAAGAAGUAUUUGGAUCAGAUCGAGGAGCUUUAUGAUGAGUUUAAUGUGGUCAAGAUGCCGUUGCUGGUCGAGGAGGUGAGAGGGAAAGACAGGUUGGAGAAGUUCAGCGAAAUGCUCGUCAAGCCCUUCGAACCACCGGAGUAAACCCGUGUACUCUCUCUUAAUCCCCACCAGUAUAGCGCAGUUAUUUCCACGCCAUCGCGGCUGUAGGUAGAGUCUAGAUGCAUCUACAACAGAGAGCAGCCUGCAUCUUAUAACCGUAUAAGGUUUGUCCCGCUAGAUCACGAAUGUCAAUGGCCCUUCGCACGAAAUACCCCAACCAUCCACCCAUCAUUCAAAUCCAUCCCGGAUUCCGGCAACCUGUGAGUGUCAACGAAUCCUGCGAGUUAGGAUAAGUUCAUAGAAGUAUAUAUGUAGCCUCUCUAGCCCACUGAUAUCAAAGCAACAUUUCC